UCCUGAGGCACGCCAUGGAGGAACAAUUCCGUCAUGAAUAUUCAUAAGGUUUUACCUUAUUUGGAGUAAGUCUUUUGAUAUCAGCCAAUGAAAACGUGGCAGAUGUAAACGUAAACAAAGGUUUGAGAAACGUCAACAACUCGUAUCGAAGAAGUGAAAAAAUUGAUAGUGAAUUUCAAAGAUUACAACACAAGUAUCGUAACAAAACUUAGCCAGACGCGUAGAAAAGUAUCCAAGGAACCAGGAAAGAUCUCAAGUGUUGUUUGUGUGAAGUUAGCGUAGAAAAUGCUGAGUGGUUUGUCCAACCUUAUCUUUGGUGCUGGCCCCGAGGAGGCGCCACACGAGGCAGUUGAUCUCAAGACAACCCUCGCAGAAAAUGAAUGGGUGCUAGUGGACAGGACAAAUACUAGUUCCACCACUACUACUACUACUUCUUCAUCAAGCACGCUAACUUGUACGGCACGUGUCGAAUCUCAAACCCCUCCUCCAUUCUCUCCAUCUCAAGUGCCAUUACCAUCACAAACUGACAAUGUCCCACAUAUAAUAAAACAACGCGACCAUUCCAAUAGCUCUAGGGACUCCCAGGGGUCCCGGGGGUCUUCUGGCCAUGUCCAACCAGAUCAUCAGUCCCCUUGGGAUAGCUGGCUAGUGACUCCACCCCCUUGUUUCACUGCAGGAAGCAGCAGGCUGGAGACGGGGCCCAUGGAGAAUCUACUCAUAGAGCACCCCAGUAUGUCUGUGUAUGGGCCGCGGCCACGAGGGUCGAGCACAGGUGCUGACGAUUCUCUGGAUUCUGAGUCUUCCACUGAAAAUGAGCAAAAUAGACCAGUCAUCCACAGACCUCCGCACAGGCCACGUGCUGUGGCUGCACGAGCAGGCCUUGUUGCAGCGCAGGCGCAGGCCGUGAAAUCUAUGCAAAGGAGCCACCAUCAGGUCACUACUCGCAAUUUGAGGAAGAAACAGCUCACACGUGCUAACCAGGUGCACGAACGUUUCUCCAACGCUAAAGCACUGCAUCAGAGGAAAAUCAAACAGCCUGGCACCAGGAAACAACAGCACUAAAAGAUUUUAACUUGAAUAUCACUUUACGUGAUCUACAGAAGGACUGAUACAUUCAAUCAUAAUAGCUGGACAGAAAAAUAGCAGGAAAAAUAAAGAAAGCAGUUUGUGUCAUUAUUUUAUCAUCAAGAACCUGCUUAGUAUGUGCAAUUGUUUAUGACAAGGGAAUUCUCUCUGAAACCAUGUAUUUUGUUCAAUCCAUCCUGUCAUCAGAAGGCUAUUUUUACCUAGCAUCAAUUUGUCACAUACUCACAGGGGAAAAGAACACAACAUGUCACCACUUCUGUAGAUCAAUGAUUGUACUAUUGUGCACAUAAUUGAUCACUGGAUACCAGCAUUAAUCAGUUGAAGGGAAAAGAAAUAGAACCGGAAUUUAAAAACCAAUUUUUGACCGACUUGCCUGUUAGAGUACAUGUCCAGCAGUUAUGAAUUGUACAUUCAUUUGGACCUUGACCGACCCUGGACGAGUUCACAGAUUACUGGACAUGACCAUUGCCAAGAACUUUGUUAUUUAUUGUUUAUCUUAUACAUAAGAGUAUAUAUAGGUAUUGGAUUUAGGAGAUGUCAUGUUGAAGUCACAGUUGCAGUAAUGUUGUAUAUGUAGAUGUAUUAAAUGAUAGGAAUAUGUCCAAUUAGCAUACUGUCAGUGCUGUUAUACUGCGUAUGCUGCAAAUUUUAGAAUACCUGUGAUGUCACAAUCUGAGUGAUGUCACAGUGGUGUUAGUAUCAAUGUUCAUGAUGUCACAGUGUUCAAGACAUGAUGUCACAACUGGUGUGACAAGUGAAAUGUCUACGUACUUGUCACAAUUACACAGGCUGCUGCUGACAAAAACAAUUCGAUUACUUCGUGAAAAGAUACAAUUUCUUCUAACAGCCUAUCAGACCAGUUCAAUGUGAAAUGUCACAUAAAUGUCAAAUGUCACACUAAUGUCUAACAUCACACAAGUAUGGCACAAUGGCACUUGUUCUGCAGCAAACAUUUUGCUACAUAAAUGACGAGUCGUGCAAGGUCUCGUCACAGAGAGAGGACACAGGGACACAUCAUGUCACACUGACAGUGACAGGGUAUUUACGCCUCAGACAACUCUGUCCACAACUAAUGUCAAAGCUGGAUGCAUGUUUACAAAUUUACAUUCAGGAUGGUUAUCUAUAGUAACUAAGCAUAUUAAGUCACAGCUCAGGGAAAAGAAAGCAGGUGGAAGUUGGAAAACAAAUGUCUGCCGCAAUAAUGUCUUAAUCCAUCCAUCACAAUCAGUCACAGUUGUUAUGCUGUUACACACGAGAUGAAGCCAUAUUUUCAAUACAAGGCCUUGUAAUAAGACAGAUAACAUGAACAUGACAACAUGUGGCAAGACUGGUUCUUGCUUCAUGAUGUUACCAUCACUGCUAUUUAUGUCAUACUGGUUCCCUUUCUCUAGUUGUCUCUAUUUACUCCCCUUGUACAAAAUUAUGUUGUGGGCUCAAUUGUCUGUUAUACACGUCCUGAAUAUUCUCUGCACAACUCGAGACAUCAUUUUCACUAAUAUGAGACAUUAACAUGAAUCUCAGUUUACCCGUUUAUGAUGUUUACCGGCUUAUUCCAUACAAUGCACUAUUAUGUACAUGAUUUAUUCUUGGCCUUGGAUUUUAGUCAGGGACAGCUUGACAUAGAUCCAAGUUCAAAGAUAGGCUGCCAUAUAGUUUACAUAUCAAGAGGUGUAAAGACCUUAAGACACUUUAUGGGAAUAUGUGACAAGUUAUGUGAUAUUUUGCAAGAAACAGUUUUGAAUCAAAAUUUUAAUUGCAAUGAGUCAGUUAUCACAGCAGCAUGCCCAUAUAUAUAUAUAUAAAAAGUUCACCAUCUGAAUUUUUACAUUUUAUUUUAAGCAUUUAGUCUGCAUGCCAUUUCAAGAUGAAAACUUGAACUGUUGAACUGCUGGAAUGGGCUGGGUGUUUUUAUUUUUCAUUUAUUCAAAUGUGUCUUUUGGAAUUGUUUUUAAAUGCUGAAUGUUGACAGUUAGUUCCAAUUUGAGUGUAAUAUUAUACACAUAUUUACUGUGCUUUUAUAUACUUGUGGUUUACAUGUUGGAGGUGGUUAGUCUAGGGUAUAUUUAAUUACCACCUGUUUAAGGUUUUAAAGGUUGCUAUAUUUAAAUUUACUGGUGGAAAAUCCAGUUUGAAGGUGCACAUUUGGCAAUAUCCUAAUGAAUUUACCACUUGCCUUGGUCUUAUACUGAGGGUAAUGCAUGCUAGUAUGUGAUAGAGAUUAGAUGAAAAGUUACAUUCAUUGAUGAACAAAAAAAAAAAAAAGCUUAAAACAUACAUGUUGGUGAUUGAAUUCUUGCACAUGUCAGUAUUUUUAAAAGGGCCAUAAAUUAAUAAACAACACAAAAAAUAACAUUAAUAUGUAUUACAUAUUUAAGUAUAGUGUAUUUGGUACAUGUAGCUUACACUUGGUUCAAUUAAAUAUAAACACAAAACAAACAAAACAACAAACUAUUAUACUCAGAGCACAAAUGCAUAUUGGUUGAAGACAAGAAUGCAACAAUUACAAUAAUUUGUGCAAAACAACAUAUUACACAUGGAUUCUAGUACAUGUAGAUGGUCUUACUAUGCAAAUGAUAACCAAGCUCUAAGGCAUUGAAGAAUUUUAUAGAACAUUUAAGAACAGUAGAAUUUUCAAUUUCUCUGACUGGUUUGUGAGUUCCAUAUUUAAUCGUCUUGAUCCAUUAUAGACAACUGGUGUGUUUGUAUCACCAUACAUUGUACCAGUACCAACAUGGCAGCAGUAGCAACUGUCAACUUGCAGCAGUGACAGGAACAGUAGCAUGUGAACGACUGGACUUUCAAUUUUUCUGUGUGAGAAUGCUACAGUGUGAAGAAAACCCACCUCUGCCAUUACUAUAUUAUAUCGUCAUAACUAUAUCAUUCAAAGGCAAGAUACAUGUAUCCUUUUAAGACUGCCAUCACGUAUAUGUCUGAUUCAUCCACAUUAUGCUGUAUGAAUGCUGCGGGUAUGUUUUAUUGAAAUUUGCAUUGUGUUCCUAGGCAGAGAGAGUACUCAAUAAACUGUUGUGAGUUUGAAAUCAA